GCCCCGGGACAGGACUCGAAGAUACUGAAAUCUGCCUGGCUCCAGAUUCUUUGUAAACCAGAGGAUGAGUAACCAGCAGGCAUGAGAGGUUGAAAAUAUUCCACUUCACUGCAAACCUGGGUAGAGAUCACUUUCCUUUCUGUAGGUUGGAGCCAAGGAGCACAAUGAGUACAAGAAAGCACUGUGGUGGAACAGUAAGUUCUAGACAAGCCCAGAAGCGAACUCGGGAAGCAACCUCCACCCCUGAGAUUUCCUUGGAAGCAGAACCCAUAGAAUUUGUGGAAAUUGCUGGAGAUAAAAUUGUGGACCUCACCUGUGAAUCUUUAGAGCCCGUCAUCAUGGACCUGACUCACAAUGACUCUGUUGUGAUUGUUGAUGAAAGGAGGAGGCCAAGGAGGGACACAAGGAGACUGUGCCAAGACCAUGCUGAUAGCUGCAUAGUGAGCAGUGAUGACGAGGAGUUGUCCAGGGACAGAGAUGUGUAUGUGACCACCCACACUCCCAGAAACUCCAGGGAUGAGGGGGCCACAGGACUCAGGCCCUCUGGUACUGUCAGUUGUCCCAUCUGCAUGGACGGAUACUCAGAGAUUGUGCAGAAUGGACGUCUCAUUGUCUCUACAGAGUGCGGCCACUUCUUCUGUAGCCAGUGCCCCCAUGAUUCCCUUAAGAAUACUAACACUUGCCCAACUUGUAGGAAAAAGAUCAACCACAAAUGA